UAAAGCAGCAGCAGCUGUGGCCGUGGCAGGUUGUCGGUGUUGCUGAGCUCUGAGCUGUGACCGCGGAGGGGAGGAGAAAAGUGCCGAGCUGCAGCGGCUCUGCUCAUUCAGCCUCCGAGCCAGCAACCAAACAGCAGCUUCAACUUCAGCGCACAUCGGAAAUACUGAGCAGGAAACGGGCAGCUGGAGGGACACCGACCGCUAACUGUCGCUUCACCUGCAGGGGGAUAAAAACGCCUUCAGAGCCAUGCUGGAGUGACCCAUCCAGUUCCUGUCGAUCCAGUGUGACCAGUGAGCGGCUUAAGGUGGAUUGCAUCAUCAUGGAAUAAUAGCAUUGGGAGUCAAAGCUCGACCUCUUCCUCUUCGUCCUCCUCCCCCUAUUUCUUUUUCUCUCAGCCUCACUCUGUACUGAAAGCCUCCCCCUAACAAACACUCACCCACCCACUCACUCAUGCAGGACCCUUCUGACCACUCCUCCCACGCAAGUCACGGUCCACUCCCACCGUCUCUCCAGCCAGUCAGGCGGUGAGCGGCUGGAAGCCGUGUAAUCCUCUGUAAAGUAUAGCGCCUAUACGGCCGCAUAUGCACCCCUUUGUCAUGGCGGCUGUUGUUGUUGUGGAGGCCUCCCUCAGGAGAGAGCAGGAGGGACAACAGAAGGCAGCAUAAAGCUCACAAAGGCAGGAAGGGAGCUGGAGAGCUGAGAGAGAAGGAGACGCUGCAGAUUGUUUGGCUGGAGGCGAGUGAACUUCACGGGGCAGCGGAUGGUGCUCAGUCGGUGUGAGACUCCAUAAUGUGGGGCUGGCAUUAUCUCCCCAAACCAAACACAAAGUGGACCAACAGUCAACUCUGGAGAUACCUACCACCUGCUGAGCAGCAGCGGGGAAUGCAGUGAGGACAAAGUGGACCAGGUUUUUUUUUCUUUUCUUUUUUUGUGUCUCAGUGUGGAAUAUUUUUCUCUUUUUGUUCUGUUUGGUGGUCUUUGUGAUUACAGCCUACCAAAAGUGCCUUUAUGUGUGACAUCGCCGUGUCUUCGGACAUACUGAAGUUAAAUAUUUCACAGAUUAUCACUCACUUGACAUUUGCCGUGUGCUGCCAUAUUCUGGAUUAUAUAGGAAGUAAAAGGCUUGACGCCACCCUCGACUAAACCUGACAAUCAUCACCUGCUACACCUGAGCAGCAAGUUCCACCUGUCUCCACUGGACCCAUCCGAGCCGUCACCAUGUUCAGUAUUCAGUCCAAAUGGCGCUACCUUAUCAUGUUCCUGGGCAUCCAGCUGGUGGUGAUGGCGCUGCUGUCCCGAGAGGGAUACCAGAAGAGGGUCACUUACUUCAUACGCAUCUUCCGCAAGCCGGACGCCGGCGCUGUAUCAGGCCGCAACCACACCACACCCACGAUCAGUGGAGGGGACGUAUACGCCAACCUCUCCCACCUGCCCAAAGCUCACGGCCAUCGAGACGACAUGCCCUACUGUCCCAAAACGUCCCCUUUAAUAGGAGGGCCGAUCCACGUCAGCUUCCCGUCACGCCUUAGUCUGGCCGAGGUUGAGAGGAAGAAUCCGCUGGUGGUGCGCGGAGGACGAUACAGGCCGCCGGACUGUGUGGCGAGGCAUCGCACGGCCAUCAUCAUUCCCCACAGACACCGAGAGCACCACCUCAAGUUCCUGCUCUACUACCUGCAUCCCUUCCUGCAGCGGCAGCAGCUCAAAUAUGGCAUUUACGUCAUCCACCAGGCUGGAAACUACACCUUUAACAGAGCCAAGCUGAUGAACGCUGGUUUCCGGGAGGCCAUGAAGGAGGAGGACUGGGACUGUCUCUUCUUCCAUGAUGUUGACCUCAUUCCAGAAGACGACCGGAAUACGUACGUCUGUGACUCGAACCCCAAGCACGCGGCCAUCGCCAUGGACAAGUUCGGCUACAAGCUUCCAUACAAGAUGUAUUUUGGAGGCGUGUCAGCUCUGACGCCCCUGCACUACCUUAAAAUGAAUGGUUUCCCCAACAAUUACUGGGGUUGGGGCGGCGAGGACGACGACAUCGGAGUCAGAGUCUCUCUGGCUGGGAUGUACAUCACUCGUCCUUCACUAAAGGUGGGCCGGUACAAGAUGAUCAAACACAAGCUGGACAAAGGCAACGACGUGAACCCAAAGAGGUUCAACAUGCUCGCUAAGACGCGUCAGACCUGGAGGACGGACGGGAUGAACACGGUGGAAUACGAGGUGAUCUCGCGGGAAUAUCUGCCCCUGUACACCAACAUCACCGUGAACAUCGGCACGGAGGCCGGCCUGCACCCGCCGCCCCGGACUCCCCGCCCUGCUCCCAAGGCUGAAGCUAAAGACGCCGCUGAAAAGCUCAAAGAGAAGUAGUCCUCGCUACUCUCACUUCAGACGGAUAAUCCUAUCAGUACAUGCUGUAUGAAGGUGUUGGGUUCUUUUUUUUCCUCUAGAUUUUUCUUCUGUGAGUUUUGUCGCCCGAGCAUCGCUCCGCCUUCACGUCGUCGGGCGUGCUGGGUGAUGAAACGCUUAAAUCUGUUAAAGAUGGAUCAACAGGAACUGAGUCCUUAGCUCUUCUAAGUGAUGUGCCGCUUCCUCCGGUCCUGCUCUAAUUUAUUCUUCUGAGGGAGCCGCAGCCGAGAGAGGGGGGCGGGGCUAACAGUUGGACUCUAUGAGUUUAUAUAUCUGCAGCGCUGUGGUCGCUGGUUUAACCGUGUGAGGCCUUAGAAUCUAUUUUUUUGUCUCGUCUUUUCACUCGUACCUUACUCUACCGAGGAUGGUGGAUUUGAAGGAGCAGCAGUCGCACUGUGUCAGACUCUCGUCUCAAAGCACCGAAGGGGUUUUCUGUGCUUCUGUCACAGUCAAGGCAAAGUUCUCGCUUCUGCACACCUGUCUGUGAACACCUUUAUUUUACACAGACAAACGUUUCUUUUAAGAUUAUGGAUGAGUUUGUGGAAGUACAGUGGGAGUGAUUUCAUGGUGUAGAUGAAGUUGCAGCUCCUCUUUUUUCAGCCUUUUACACCAUCUCCUUAAACUUCAGUAUGUCUGACGUCUUCUGAUUGAAUUCAUCUCUUCUGUGUCUGAUUUCAAUGAGGUUAAGCUUUGCAUCAAAAUGGAGUCUUUUUUUCUUUUCUCUGAUGCUUUAUAUGCAGUGAAUUUUGAUGUGACACUAAUUAUCCUCAAUCUGCACAAAUCUGGGAAAUUAAAUGGAAUGAUGAACUUCAAUGGUCACAUUUAUUAAGCCAAUCAAACAUUAGAAGAAAACUGUAAUCAAUAUUUAAGGCCAAUGACAUUGGGGGAUUUUAGGGGUACUUUAUGUAAAUCCUGGUGUUUUUAAUAAUUGUUAAAAUCCUUUGGAAAAGGUUUCAAGAGAUGACGACACACUUUAGUGUAAUGCCAAUUACAUUACGAGUCACCUUAAAUAAGAACUUGUUGAUGGAGCUAAAUAGAAAUGUAAACACUUGCUGGUGAAACACUGCCCCCAGUGGUCAAAGUUGUAGUUAUAUUUUGUAACUUUAAGGUGCCUUUAAACUAUUUUAAUUACUGAAACAAGAACACUGAAUGAUGGCCUUGCAGGAAAUUCAGCUUCCAGGGUUUUCCUGUAACAGCGAGUCAUUUUGGUACAAAUUAUUUGAGGAAACUGGCGCCUGCUUUACUUAUUAACCACAGAGAUAUCAGCAGCCACCCACCCAAAUAGUGUUUAUGAGGCAAGUAUGGAGGGCAAAGUUUGUGUGUGUGUGUGUGGGGGGGACAUGCAUUUAUUUUUGUAAUUUAAACUAAAUAAAUAAAUAAAUAAAUAAAAUGUGGUUUGAAAAUGUAAACAUUCAAUUUUUAUGUAAUACAGAUUAUGUAGACAACAUGAGGUGGACAGACAUUAGCUCAGUCUUGAUUCUAAUUGGUUAACUGGCCAAACAGACAGAAUUGAAAAAACACUAAUGUAAGUAUGAAUAAUGCAUGCAGGUGUUAAAUAUUAUUAUUUUUUUAACAAACUGUGCACCAACACGGAAAUGGCUCAAAUGUAGUGUUUAACAAGAAAGUAUUUAUUUUCUUGUUAAAUUAUGCCUCCUCAUUUUAUCCUACAUAUGCCUCAGUUUCUUCCACUGACAGAUCUGUGUGUGUGUGGGGG